GUUUGCUUUCGGAGAUAGCAGACGACCCCUACAAGAGACGGCGGCGCUGGUAGAGGAGAUCGUCCACCAGCAGAUGGUUUCCAUGCUGGAACAAGCCGCCGAAGUCGCCAUUAUCAGGGGAGACAAACAUAUUGGAAUAGAAGAUAUUUUAUUUCUGCUGAGGAAAGACAAAGUGAAACUGAGGAGGUUGCUUCGCUUCUUUGAGGUCAGAGAUAUCAAAGCAAUCAUCAAAAGCACUCUUGGAGCACCAGAAGAUCUCCUGGAUACAAGAAUCAUGGGCAGAAACAAGCAGAUCUGCUACAACUUCCUGACCUCCAUAGAUCAGACAGGUGAGCUGGUUGCCUUGUUUGAUGAUAAAGAAAUAGACACCAUCAAACAUGAACGACUGCUGAGAGCAGAAAUCCAGUCCCAGGGCAUGAAUGUGGACCAAUACAUGGAGUUCUGCCAGGCCAGGCAAGCCAGUUUUGGUCGUCGAUAUAAAACUCAGCGUUUCCGGGACUGGCUGCUAGCAAACCAAAGCCCAGAGCUUGUACCGAAUGCAGCUGCCUUAGAAAUCUUCAGUUACCUGGCAUAUGAAACUGUGGCCGAGAUUGUAGAUUUAGCACUGCUUGUCAAGCAGGACAUGAGAGCACACCCAGGAGAUGCUUUGAGUAAAACCAGACCAGCUCUGUGUAUCAACUACACAGAACUCUAUGUGGGUAGCCUGUUUGGGAAGUCAGAAACCAUCACCGCUCCUUCGCAGAGUCCACCAUACGACAACACAAACUCCUCUCAAGUAAACUCUGCUGUUGGGUCCACCAAUCUACAACUCUCUGCUCCUGUGACACCGAACAAACUGAAUAAAAAGAAGAGGAAGAAGAGUGGGCCAGCAACAUCUAUGGAGCUAUCAUGGGAUAGCACCAUUCUUCCAGCAGACGUCAGAGAGGCAAUGAGAAGAUAUUUCACUGAUAUUAGUCCUUUUGCGUCACAACUU